AUGGAAGCUUCGCCGCCUCCGCUCCUCCCCCUGCUCCUCCUCCUCCUCCUGGCCGCGGCGGCGGGCCCGAACGCGGCCGCCGCGGCGGGGGACGGCUGCAGCCGGGGCUGCGACCUCGCGCUGGGCUCCUACUACGUCGCGUCCAACCAGAACGUCACCUACAUCGCCAACCUCUUCGGGUUCUCCGACUACCGAGUGCUCGGCAAGUACAACCCCGGGAUCCCCAACCUCGACUUCGUCGCCGCCGGGGACCGCCUCAACGUCCCCUUCCCCUGCCAUUGCCUCGCGCCGCCGUCCGCCCCGGCCUCCACCUUCCUCGCCGCCUCUAUCCGCUACGACGUCCACACCGGGGACACCUACAUCAGCAUCGCCGACCAAUUCAACAACCUCACCACCCCCGCCUGGCUGCAGGCCACAAACACCUACCCGGCCAACAACAUCCCCGACGUCGGCUCCGUCAACGUCACCGUCAACUGCUCAUGCGGCGACGCCGGAAUCUCCACGCAGUACGGCCUCUUCCUCACAUACCCGCUGAGGGACAGAGAGACGCUCGCCUCCGUCGCCGCCAAUCAUAGCUUCUCGUCGCCGGAGCAGAUGGACCUGCUCAGAAAGUAUAACCCCGGGAUGGACGGUGUCACCGGGAGCGGCAUCGUGUAUAUCCCAGCCAAAGAUCCCAAUGGAAGCUACCUUCCUCUGGAAUCAACAGGGAAAAAAAGUUCAGCAGGAGCAAUAGCAGGAGGUGUUGUGGCUGGUGUAGUUGCACUAGUCCUGGCUGUCGUGUUAUUCUUGUUUUAUAGGCGAAGAAAGGCGAAACAGGACGCUUUGCUUCCAUCUUCUGAAGAAUCUACCCGUCUAGCCAGUGCAGUAUCCAUGCAAAAGGUGACACCAUCGAGCAGUCAAGCUGACGGAGCUUCACCAGCUGCCGGCAUUACAGUUGAUAAAUCAGUCGAGUUCUCAUAUGAAGAACUUUUUAAUGCUACAGAAGGCUUUAACAUAAUUCAUAAAAUUGGACAAGGUGGUUUUGGUGCUGUCUAUUAUGCUGAGCUUAGAGGCGAGAAAGCUGCCAUAAAAAAGAUGGACAUGCAGGCUACUCAAGAGUUCCUUGCCGAGUUAAAAGUUUUGACACAUGUUCAUCAUCUUAAUCUGGUGCGCUUGAUUGGUUAUUGCACGGAGAGUUCUUUGUUCCUUGUCUACGAAUUUAUCGAGAAUGGCAACUUAAGCCAGCAUUUGCGUGGAACUGGUUAUGAGCCUCUUUCUUGGGCUGAAAGAGUUCAGAUUGCACUAGAUUCAGCAAGAGGUCUUGAGUACAUUCAUGAGCAUACCGUUCCAGUGUACAUACAUCGGGACAUCAAAUCCGCAAACAUAUUGAUAGACAAGAACACCCGUGCAAAGGUUGCAGAUUUUGGUCUAACAAAACUUACAGAAGUUGGUGGUGGUACAUCUUUGCAAACACGUGUUGUUGGUACAUUCGGUUACAUGCCUCCAGAAUAUGCCCGAUACGGUGAUGUUUCUCCUAAAGUCGAUGUCUAUGCCUUUGGUGUUGUUUUGUACGAACUUAUUUCAGCCAAAGAUGCCAUUGUCCGAUCAACUGAAUCUGCCAGUGAUUCAAAGGGAUUGGUUUAUCUGUUUGAGGAGGCUCUCAAUGCACCGGAUCCGAAGGAAGGCCUCAAGAGGCUGAUCGAUCCAAAGCUAGGAGACGAUUACCCCAUCGACGCCAUUCUCAAGAUGACGCACCUGGCGAACGCAUGCACACAGGAGGACCCCAAGCUGAGGCCGACAAUGAGAUCCGUGGUGGUGGCGCUGAUGACGCUGUCCUCCACGAGCGAGUUCUGGGAUAUGAACGCCCUCUACGAAAACCCGGGCUUGGUGAACCUCAUGUCCGGCAGAUGA